AUGGCUACCGGAGUGGAAGUUGCUAUUAAAAUAAUAAACAAAACUGUUAUGGAUAAUACCCUCCUGAAACGCCUUAAACGUGAAAUCACCAUCAUGAAAUUAACCAACCAUCCGAACAUUGUAAAGCUGCUGGAAAUAAUUGAGAACGAAGAUGUACUAUGUCUUGUUAUGGAAUAUGCUAGUGGAGGUGAGAUAUUUGAUUAUCUUGUUGCAAAUGGGAAAAUGCGUGAGAAGGAGGCACGAAUAAAGUUCCGACAGUUACUGUCAGCUAUGCAGUAUUGUCAUGCUAAACGAAUUGUUCAUCGGGACUUGAAAGCGGAGAACAUAUUGCUAGAUCAAAAUCUAAAUGUAAAGGUUGCUGACUUUGGUCUGGCUAACACAUUCGAAUUUGAUCAACGACUGACUACAUUUUGUGGAAGUCCUCCAUACGCCGCUCCAGAACUGUUUUUGGGUAUUCCAUAUUAUGGGCCUGGUGUGGAUAUUUGGUCACUUGGUGUUAUUUUAUUUACCUUGGUUUUGGGACAUUUACCAUUCGAUGCACGUGAUCUUCGUGAACUGAGAAACAAAAUUUUAGGAUUACAUUACACUAUACCUAGAGGUUCUGUUUCUCCUGAAUGCGAUGCACUUUUAAGGAAAAUGCUGGUUCUUGACCCCAAAGAUCGUUCAUCUCUGAAAUCUUUAAUGCAAGACAAAUGGGUUAAUAUGGGUUAUGCUCCCGGUGAUCAUCUUCGUCCGUACAAAGAACCACCAAAAUCCCAAUUAGAUGACAGUCGUGUUAAAGCUAUGGAAGAAAUGGGCUUCACACGAGCAGAUCUAGAGUCGUCAGUUGUCAAUCCUCAGUUUGAUCAUGUGUAUGCAACCUACCAUUUAUUGCCUGAAACGCCUUCUCAGCUUCUUGAACUUUGCAAAGAAAUAACUCAUGGAUCAGGCGGUACACCAAACAAUUUAGUAUUGCCUAACUCAAUUGUCAACAAACAAGAGGCGAAAUCAGUUCAUGACCAGUCUGCAAGUACCACAGAGUCAUACACCUCAGUAAAACCCACUGCAAUUGGACGUUUCACAGUAGCACCAAGUAGCAAACACAAUGAACAUACCAGUCAGACAACUGCUUCUCGCUACCCUCGUGGCAGUCUAACGACUGAAUCAAACCACGGGACUGGAAACCAGAGAAAUGUUUAUGCUGCUGAUUCUGGAAAUCGAGAACAUCAUUCAUUGACAUCUACCUUACCAGUAGCUCUAAGAAGAGCAUUCAUGCAAAUGGGUCGUACGUUGGCUGGUAGUGGAGCUCCAUCUACAAGUAAUGAAGAUGGCACUGUUCGUACGAAUGCUCAGGCUGCCAUAGCUCGUCACAACAAAUCUGGAUCAAAAUCAGCUGCGAGUGGAAGAAGUGUUAUCACCGCAGCACCUGUCCCUAUCGGAGCCGUUAAGAAACAUGGAUUCGGUGUACCUUCGCAACAACUACAAAAGCGCUUGCCAGGAAAUCAGCACACCACAUCUCAUCCUAAUUCAGGUCACAAUGAUAGCGUAGACAGUAGUCCUCUGAAUCCUUCAACAGCAUCUCGGCAUUUACCUUCACGGCUACAUAAUGAUUUUCAGGAUCAUCUCUCUUUGAAGCCUGAUAUACACACUACCCGCAGUCAUUCAUCUAAUACCUCCACUCCAUCAUCAGGAAAUUGCAGAGCGACCAGUGCAUCACUGUCACACAAAACAAAUAGAGUACCUUCAGAAUCUGUGAAACCUAGCUCAGACACAGUUUACAAUACAUCUGUUAAUAGUACCAGUCGGGAAAACGACAAACGUGGUGUGUCUGAUACUAACACAGUUGGACCUAGUAGUUCAAGCAGUACUUCUUCUGAUUCUUACGGUGAAAGUGAACUUCGAGAAACAGCUGCAACACUUGUUCAAGGUGUUUGGAAAUCAAUUGAUCCUUCUUCCUCUCAGCAACACUCUCCUCGUCAGAAUGCAUCACAAUUAAAAUGUAAACCACAAAAUAAUGGUCAUCCUGUCCCAAAGACAUCAGAAAAAACUAAUUGCUAUGCACAGUUAGAACAAAUUGGUCUUCGAAAUGAAAAGUCAGAGAUAAGUCGCAGUCUAACUACAAUAGAUCAAACGAAUCAAACAGUUAAUGUCACAUGGUCAAAUGAUACAGGCAAAUCUAUAAAUGUUCCAUCGCCUAAUCCACAAAUUAAAACAUCACAUACAGUUCAAGGUACAGAAGCCCUUGCAUUACGUCAGGAAGCUUUACAUUUACAGUCUACACAUUCAUCAGGUGUAAAAGCAUCUUCUGAUCCUCGAGCAUCUGUAAACUUUACUGUGGAUUCCAGUCACCAGAGUUCUUGGGGUCGGGGUGUUCUGAAGGCAUUAGGUGGAUUUUUUGUACAGAAUAAGUCAACAGAAACACGAUCAGAUAGUUCAUCUUUACGAUCUUUGAAUAAACCACGUGAAGUAAGAUUUCCAUGGAGUGUAUAUACAACAAGUACAAAAACAGCAGAUGAAUUACUUAAAUGUAUUAUACAUGCUCUUGAAGUUACUCCUGGUUGUCGUUAUUCACAUGAUUCUCAUCUUCCUUUUUUAUUACAAUGUUCAUGGUCAUCUGAUCGACCUGCACUUAAAAUGUCUACAUCAGAAAUUGAUUCUAAUAGUAGUAGUAGUAGUAGUAUAACAACUAAUUCACCGAUUUCUUUAUCAUUUGAUGUUUCAAAUCAUAGUCGAUUUUUACGUGAUGAUCCAGUUCAUUGGGAAAUGGAAGUAUGCCAAUUACCACGUGUUCAUUUACAUGGAGUACGACUUAAACGAAUACGUGGUUCAACAUUGCAUUUUCGUCCAAUUGCUGAUCUAGUUAUGAAAUCAUUACGUUUAUGA